AUGUCAGGUCUUCUCGGCGAAGGUCUGCCUCCCCGCUCGUCGAGACACGAGUCUUCAAAACAAUGUGACGCAAUAUACAUUCCGUCUGAUGACCCUAUCACCUCCACCGUCUUCAUGGGUCUUUACAGUUUACCCAAGCGGCAAACCAGAGAUUCCAUUCCACAUAUCUCAGGUAAAACCGAGACCGGCAGCUUCAAGUCACGGCUUGCUAGACGCCAGCCACAAAAGCCGUUGGCAGGAUCUACUCGAAGAGCUCCGCUCCAGCAAAACUUGAAAGUUCUCCAGGCAGGGGCGACAACUGUUGAUGUCCAUGGAAAAGGCGGCGGCAAAGAAAACAUCCCUCCUGGGUUUUCCGUCAUCACCAACAACAAAAGCAAAUCAGAAAUGCAUUCACCAGUGUCCAAAAUGGCCAGUCCAGCCGUACAAAACCCUACUCUCAGAAUACGGAUAACAACAAAACCCAAAGAAGCGCAAGUAGAGCCACUGAAGCGAGUGGCCCUGGGUGAGACUCUAGGCAAUGACGUCAGGGUCAGAGUUCCCAAAAAGAUAGAACAUUCACCACCUGCUGAGAAUCCUUCGGCCUCUGCCUUGAAGCAUGGUCUCUCCGCCAUCAUCAUUCAACGGGCAUGGCGCUCAUUUACAGAACGACGAAAUAAACGUGUGUGUGCUGUCGCCGUGGCCAGGACGGAGUUGGCGUAUGAGGUGAUUACUCGAUGGUGGCGCGGUGUCAAAGCCUGCAAGCUGCGAGAGCAGACAGAGCGGGUGAAGCUGAUGGAGCGGACUGAACAAACGCCCCGACGCAAAUCUGCUGGUCAGCGACCCUCUGCUCGGCAGAGCCACCACAGUUCUGGCCGCCGAGGCAUUCGGCGCCUCUAA